AUGAUCAAACGAUGGGUGAUUCUACUUUUUCUUGUAUCAGCAGCCGUAACAAUCAACUUUCCACCACUCAACUUACAUAUUGGUACGGGUGGUAAUGGUUAUGGUGUAGGAAGUUUACCUCUCGGUGCGCAAAGUCCGUAUGGUGCUCUUCGAGUAGGUCCUGAUACGAGCAAUACAUUGGAUAUUCCAAUAAUAUUCGAACAUUGUGGUGGCUAUCAUUAUGAUGAUAGCUAUAUCAAUGUUUUUUCACAUACGCAUAUGGUCGGUGCUGGUCUUCAAGAUUAUGGUGAAGUUGGCGUUUUUCCAAUUCAAGUCGAUGAUAAUGCUCAUCUACAAUAUAUGAUUACAAGUAGAUUUAAUUAUCGAAGUACAUUUAUACAUGGGCGUGAACAUGUUGAGCCGGGUUUCUAUCAAGUCUAUCUCGAUACACAUGAAGUUAAUGUUGAAUUAACUGCUACCGAACAAGUCGGUAUUCAUCGAUAUUCAUUCGAUAAAUUCAAUAAACCAUAUCGUGUUAUACUUAUAGAUAGCAGCUAUACACUACAUACAAAAGCUUGUAAUCAAAGUUAUAUCAAUAUCGAUUCAAGCAAAAAUGAAAUAACUGGUUCGAUUCUUUUCCAAGGACCUUUUUCUAAACUUGAUGGUGGUAUCACAACAUAUUUUGUUAUUACAUUUGCGAAUAUGACAAAUUUCGGUGUUUGGAAAGAUGGUCAACUAGCACCGGGACAAACAACGACCAAUGGAUGUUCAUCAGGUGCUUAUGUUAUUUUACCUGAUGACCAACAACAAGCAACAGUUUAUGUUGCUAUUAGUUUUAUUUCACGUGAGCAAGCACAUAUCAAUAUAAAAAUACAAACUAAUCUACAAUCUUUCGAUGCUAUUCGUGAACUUGUACAACAAAAAUGGCUUGAUGAAAUAUCUCGUUUUGAGGUUAGUGCUCAAUGGAAUCCCGAAGCUGAAAUUAAAUUCAAUACGGCUAUUGUUCAUUCACUAUCAAGUCCAACACAAUGGGACGAAUCGAAUGGUGUCUAUUUAGGUGUUGACGGUCAAGUUCAUACGAAACCUGACUACAUGGAACAUAUCUAUACAGAUUUAUCAAUAUGGGAUAUUUUUCGAACACAAAUACCUUUCAUUAUAUUUCAUGAUUCACAACGAGGUAAUGAUAUUAUUCAUUCGAUUAUGCUUAUUGUUGAACAAGGUGGUGAUUUGCCAAUGUGGCCAUUUGCUAAUAUUUAUACAAACUGUAUGAUCGGUUCACAUUCUGAUAUUAUAUUAAGUGAUUUAAUUAUGAAACAGGAGCAUAAUAUUCAUCUCAAUAUGACUCAAGUUAUUGAAGCAUUACGAAAAGUAGCUAAUAAAGUACAAAAACACGAUAGUCGUUUUGAUCCACCUACAUACAUAAAAUAUCAGUAUGUACCAUUUGAAAAUGAUACUUAUGGGGCAUCACGUACAUUAAGCUACGCAUAUGAUGACUGGGCCAUCGGUAAUAUUAUGCAUGCUGCAGGUCUUACUGAUGAAGCUCAAGAAUAUUAUAAUAGAUCUCUAUGGUUUGAAAAUAUAUUUGAUAAUAAAACAAAAUUUUUCUGUCCUCGAGAUACUAUUGGUAAAUUGCAUUGUCCAGCCAAUGAAAUUGAACAACUUAAUCUAUUCGAUAAUCGUUAUGUUGAAGGCGAUGCAUGGCACUAUCGGUUCUUUGUACCACAUAAUACUCAUCGUCUUAUUGAUUUAUUUGGUGGUUCGAACAAAUUUGUUGAAGAACUUGAUAAGUUUUUUACACUAAGUCGACUAUGGAAAACAACAGUAAUACCAAAUCCAUAUUAUUGGGCAGGAAAUGAACAUGAUUUAUUUUCUGUUUGGCAAUUUAACUAUGCUAAUCGAUCAGAUCUUACUCAAAAGCAUGCACGUUGGCUAGUUGAUCAUGUUUAUACAACAGAACCUGGCGGAAUACCAGGCAACGAUGAUUAUGGUACAAUGUCAGCAUGGUAUAUUUUUGCUAGUUUAGGUUUCUAUCCAUUAGCCGGUUCAUCGACGUAUUUGAUCGGUAGUCCUUCAUUUGAUCGUAUUACAAUUCGUCGUAAUAAUGGUCAAUGUACACUUAAAAUUAUUGUUCAUGAUAAUUCCCCAGCAAAUAUUUAUGUUAAAAGUGUAUUACUCAACGGUAAAAUUCUAUCAACAUUUCCAUUCAUCGAUCAUGUCAAUGAUCUUCGAUGUUCUACUGGAACAUCAUUAGUACAACUUGAAUUUUUUAUGUCAUCGACAUUUUCAGUUAAUGAAUAG